AUGUUCAGAUAUUCAUAUAUUUAUAUGUAUAUAAAUUUUAACGGAAUAUAAAGAAGCUUUAUUUCGUUUGGUGCUUUUUAAAUACUGUGAAAAGCUUAAUAAACUUUAGCAAAAGCUUAUGCAUAUAUGUCUCUAAUUAUAUAUUACGCGUAUGAACGUUCAUCUUUGCUUUCGUUGCGGAGUAAACAACACAUUUUUAGAACUGCUUUAUUAAGUUUUUUUUUAAUACGCGAAUCCUCUAAAUUUUUCCAGGAACUUUUAAAUGUCAUACUCAAGGAUUAUUAACACACUUUUCCUUUGUACAAUUAUCGCCAGUACAAAUGGGAAUUUAAACAAAGUAAAACAGGUUUUUGAAAAAAACGAAGUCGUUCCAGAUGUCAUACCUCUUGCACCGAACGAGUUUCUCAAGAUCACUUAUGACAAUGCCUUAGAAGUCAGAGCUGGUGCCGAGCUAACACCAACGAAUGUGAAGAACCAACCAUUGGUGCAAUGGAGGGCACAACCACAUACUUAUUACACACUUAUUAUGACGGAUCCUGAUGCACCCAGUCGUAUUGAACCAAAAUUUCGGGAGUUUAAGCAUUGGUUAGUUACCAACAUUCCUGGUAAUGAUGUGUCCCAAGGUGAAGUGUUGGCCGCCUAUGUAGGUUCAGGACCGCCGCAGCAUACAGGACUUCAUCGUUAUGUAUUCCUAUUAUAUAAACAACCGGGAAAAUUGGAAUUUGAUGAAGAACGUGUUGGCAAUAAUAGUAGAAAUGGCCGACCAAAUUUUCGCGCUUCUGCAUUUGCCGAAAAAUACAGCUUAGAUAACCCCAUAGAAGGAAAUUUUUUUCAAGCUCAAUGGGAUGAAUAUGUAACAACUGUGCAAAAGCAAUUAUCGGGAAAUUAAUGAUUUUAAAAGACCUUAUUUUCAUAUAGUAAUCAUAUAUCAUAUAAGCGGCAAAACACAAUUAAAAUUAAUCAAGUUUACUUUUAUUUUUGUAA